AUGAAGCUCUUUGCCACCGUCUCUACACUGGUUAUCGCUGCAGGUCUCGUUGCUGCGUGUGACAUUCCGCAAUCCACCAACUGUGGUGGCAACGUGUACUCGUACGAUGACAUGAACACUGCCAUCCAAGGCGCUUUGCAGGACAUCCAGAACGACGACUACCCCGAUAACUAUCCCCAUGCCUAUCGCGACGAGCCUUCCGAGGGCAUCGAACUGUGCUGCGGGUCCGGUCCCUGGUCUGAGUUUCCGCUAACGUCCACAGGACAGGCUUACUACUCGACCGAGGACAAUUACGUAUCGCCAGGACCCGACCGUGUCAUCUUUGUUACCAGCACUGGCGAGUUCUGUGCCACCGUCACCCACACGGGUGCUGCCAGCUACGACGGUUUCACGCAGUGCCAGUAA